UUACACUUUCGGUGUGUAGCCUCCAUCACUUCCAAUGCAAUGUCAUUCAUGCAUACAAAAUCCUAGUCCAUAUCCUUAGUCUCUCCUUCCGCUCCCGUUCCUCAACACAGAUCUGCAUCUUACAUUUCCAGUAGCUUCACCUUUGCACCUUUUACACCUUUUACACCACUCCUCAAAACCUUAUCCCAUCUUAUCCUUAUCCCAUCCCAUCCUUAUCCUCAUCCCUUCUCGUCACAUCUAUACAAUCAAUACCUAACCUUCAUUGCACUCCAGAAUCAAAGUUACUCUCUAACCUGAAACAUGCGACCCUCCUCCGUCUUAAAGAGCGUUGGCGCCGUCCUCAGUGCAACUGCGGCCCUUGCGCACAACUCCAUCACUUUCGCCUCCUACGAUAAUGAGGCAAGGACCUUGUCCUUCACCAACAAUCCAGAAUUUGACUAUUUGAGCGACAUCGACUUCCCCAAAGGAACAACGAUCAGAGUUGACUUCCCCGCGGCCUGGAUCGGUACCAUCAUGGCCAAGAAGCAUGAUUCCGUUGUCCCUGUCCAUAGGGUUCUUGCCGAGAUUAACUUCACGCCUGGCAAUCCUACUUUCUACGAUGUCAGCGCCGUUGAUAACCAUACCGACAACUCUGGUAUUCACUUCCUCUCUCCCCUUGGAGUAAGCCUCACCAAGUGGCUUAAACCUGGCUGCGAUGUGUUCCCUUGCGACAACGCCUAUCUUAAUCCCGAUGACGAGCACACCAGACACAGCAGAUCAACUGAUUUCCUCUGCGAGGUCUAUUCCAAUUAACUAGACGUAAGUUUCCUAUCAGGUCUGCUAUAUAUUUGCUUACUUACUGACCAAUGCUUAGCUCUUCAGCGAGCACAUGAUAGCAUUCGCGGGCGUUUUCGUCUCGGCUUGCCUUCAGUCUCGGCUAGUCAAGCUGUCGGCUUCGGUACAUCGUCCAAGUACACUGCCGUUUCGGACGGUUCUUCUAGUGGUAUAAGUCUGGGGUUAUUGAAGCUCGGGGAUAUACCCUGAAAUCAGGUCUAAUUUGCCAGAAAUUUGGUUGUGGUCUUAGUUCUUGGGGUUUUUUUUUUGCGUUGGAUUUAGAAUUAGGAAUAUUUUUAGAUAUUCCUUUCUUUAAAAAUUCACAUCAGCAAAAGGGCGGGGUAUUGUAGUUAUCACAUGUGCUGCCUGUCAGAGAUGCACAUCAUCUAGAGAAAUUUGAUAACACACAUAUAUUACAAACUGAAAAUUACAUUAAUGUGAGAUAAAGUGAGAUGAACUCAGCCUUUGCCUCGCAAAACAGGGACAUCCAGAUAUCAAGGGUACAUUUUCCUUGCUAGCAAAAAUCAACAUUUCCCGAUUAAAACUCUAAAGAUCCCAUCAUAUUUCUGA